AUGUGUUUUGGAACCAUUGAAGAUGCAAAUCAAUUUUAUCAGAAUUAUGCCAAGCGCGUUGGUUUUGUUACUAAGAUAAGGUUUACCCGAAGAGUUGGUAAAGAUAAGGUUCCUAAGAAUCAAAUGAUCACUUGCAAUAGGGAGGGAAAACGCAAGUCUAGAGUUUCACCAAUAGAAAAGACCAACCCCAGAACCAACUACAAUUGCCCCGCAAGGAUUUCUAUUAGGUUGAAUAAGGAGGGUCUUUGGAUUAUAUCGAAGGUGUGCUUGGAUCAUUCACAUCCUUGUGAUCCAGAGAUGGCAAAACUGUUGACACGUAAUAGAGAGAUGACUAUGCACAUGUGUCGAGUCAUUGAGAGGAAUGAUGAAGCAGGUGUGAGACCAAGCAAAAGAUAUCAAGUAUUGGUGGGUGACGCAGGGGGUUUUUCUAAGAUAAACUUAAAGGAAAAAGAUGUUAGGAACUAUCUCAGCAGAAAGGUACGCAAUGUUACGGAAGAAAUGGAUGCUAGGGAGAUGUUGAAGUAUUUUACACGGAUGAAGGAAAUGAACUCUGAUUUUUAUUUUGAUAUUGAACUUGAUCAAAACAAGCGUCUCAAAACUAUAUUUUGGGCAGAUGCUCGAAGUAGAGCAGCAUAUGAGUACUUCGGUGAUAUAGUUUCAUUUGAUACUACUUAUAAAACCAAUCGUUACGAUAUGCCAUUUGGUUCCUUUGUGGGGGUUAAUCACCAUGGUAAAUCAGUGCUUCUUGGGUGUGGUUUGUUGACUAAGAAAAAUUCAGGCUCAUUUACUUGGUUAUUUAAUGCUUGGCUUACAUGUAUGCAUGGAAAGGCUCCUAAAGGCAUUAUAACAGACCAAUGCCUCAGAAUACGAGCUAGAAUUGAGAAUGUGAUGCCAGAGACACGUCAUAGGUUAUGCAUUUGGCACAUUACGAAAAAGAUUCCAGAAAAAUUCAAAAGACACAAGAGAUAUGAAGAGUUACAAAAUGAUUUAAAUAAUAUUGUUUGGGAGUCUAUUUCAGAAGAUGAUUUUCAAAAUCAAUGGGAAGAUUUUCUGAUUGAAUAUGGUUUAGAAGAUAACAAGUGGCUAUCAGGUACUUCUCUAAACAUGAAUUUUUAUAUUUUGCACAUAGGAAUUAGCAUAUUAGUAUUUGCUAGAAUUCUAACAUGUGUUUGA